AUGUUAAACGAAAGACAAUUUUUUUCUUCUUUAGUGAACAAGCAUAAGCCCUGGAUUGAGACAUCGUACCAUGGAAUCAUAACCGAAAAUAAUGACACUGUAAUUUUGGAUCCUCCUCUUGUUGCUUUGGAUAAAGAUGCACCUGUUCCCUUCGCAGGUGAGAUAUGUGCUUUUAAAAUUCAUGGACAAGAAAUGCCAUUUGAAGCUGUUGUGCUUAACAAGACAUCUGGAGAAGGUCGUCUUCGAGCCAAAAGUCCAAUUGAUUGUGAGCUGCAGAAAGAAUACACAUUCAUCAUUCAAGCCUAUGACUGUGGAUCAGGACCAAGUGGAGUAAACUGGAAGAAAUCUCACAAGGCAGUUGUCCAUAUCCAAGUAAAGGAUGUUAAUGAGUUUUCACCAGCUUUCAAGGAGAGUAUGUAUAAGGCCACCGUGACAGAGGGAAAGAUCUAUGACAGCAUACUGCAGGUCGAAGCCAUAGAUGAGGACUGUUCCCCGCAGUACAGCCAGAUCUGCAAUUAUGAAAUUGUCACAACAGACGUUCCUUUUGCUAUCGAUAGAAAUGGUAACAUCAGAAACACUGAGAAGCUAAACUAUGAUAAACAGCAUCAGUAUGAAAUAAUGGUGACAGCUUUUGACUGUGGACAAAAGCAUGCAAGAGAAGAUGUCUUAGUGCAAGUUAAUGUCAAACCAGUGUGCAAACCAGGCUGGCAAGAUUGGAACAAACGUAUUGAAUACAAGCCUGGUUCUGGCAGCAUACCGUUGUUUCCCAGUAUUCAUCUAGAAACGUGUGAUGGCCCAGUUUCAUCAAUACAUACAACAAUUGAAUUGCAGACCAACUAUAUUGGAAAGGGCUGUGAUCGUGAAACCUACUCAGAAAAAUCUCUGCAGAAACUAUGUGGAGCAUCCUCCGGUGCCAUUGAUCUCUUACCAUCUCCCAGUGCAACAACUAACUGGACAGCCGGGCUUCUCAUGGAUAAUAAUGACAUGAUUUUUAAAUUUGAUGGAAAACAAGGAGCCAAAAUCCCAGAUGGAAUAGUCCCAAAGAAUUUAACUGAUCAAUUCACUAUCUCUCUGUGGAUGAAACAUGGACCUAGCCCAGGACUAAGAGCUGAGAAGGAGACUAUUCUCUGCAACUCUGACAAGACAGAGAUGAACCGACAUCACUAUGCCUUGUACGUGCACAACUGCCGGUUAGUGUUUCUGCUGCGUAAAGACUUUGAUCAGGCUGACACCUUCCGCCCUGCAGAGUUCCACUGGAAACUGGAUCAGAUUUGUGAUAAAGAAUGGCAUUACUAUGUUGUCAAUGUUGAGUUUCCUGUUGUUACCUUAUACAUGGAUGGAACAACAUAUGAACCUUACCUUGUGACCAAUGAUUGGCCUAUUCACCCUUCUCACAUAGCUAUGCAGCUGACAGUCGGUGCUUGCUGGCAAGGAGGUGAAGUCACCAAGCCUAGGUUUGCUCAGUAUUUCCACGGCAGCCUAGCCAGUCUUACUAUCCGUCCUGGAAAAAUUGAGAGUCAGAAAGUGAUUUCCUGUUUGCAGGCCUGCAAGGAAGGUCUGGAUAUUAAUUCACUUGAGAGUCUUGGCCAAGGAGUGAAGUAUCACUUCAACCCUUCCCAGUCAGUCCUUGUCAUGGAAGGAGAUGACAUUGAGAAUAUAAAUCGAGCUCUCCGAAAGGUCUCUUACAUCAACUCUAGACAGUUUCCUACUGCAGGCGUGCGACGUCUCAAAGUCUCAUCUAAAGUCCAAUGUUUUGGUGAAGAUGUCUGCAUUAAUAUCCCAGAUAUCGAUGCGUAUGUAAUGGUGCUUCAGGCCAAUGAGCCCAAGAUUACAAUAAGUGGGAUGGACCACUUUUCUAGACCAGCUGCACAAUUUGAAAGUGAAAGAGGUGUCAUUCUGCUGCCUGACAUCAGGAUUGUCAGCACUGUCACAAAGAUGGAGCAUUCAAAAAAAAAUGAUGGAGCCAAUAAGUCAGUGGUCUUGGAAGAAAUGCUCCACAACCUGGAUUUCUGUGAUGUUUUGGUCAGUGGUGCAGAACUAGAUCCUGAACAGGAAUGUUUAGAACUAGAUCGUACUGAGCUCCAAGGAAAACAUCUAGAUGCCACAAAUUCCACAGCAGGAUAUUCAAUCUACGGUGUGGACACCAUGCACAACUAUGAACAGGUUCUUCAGCAGAUUCGAUACCGUAACUGGUACACUUCUGCCACCUCUGAAAGAAAGUUCAGAAUCAAGUGCUCUGAGCUGAAUGGGCAUUACACAAGCAAUGAAUUUAACCUGGAGGUUAAUAUUCUACACAGCACCAACUCCAACUAUAUGGACCAUGUAAACCAUGUGAUAGUACAGCCACACUUUCUCCAGUCAGUCCACCAUCCAGAGGAAAGCAUAAGUGCUGUUCACAGCUCAGUUGUUCCAAGCGUGGCUACUGUUGUAAUUGUGAUCUGUGUGAGUGUACUCAUUUUCAUCAUAGCCGUGGGAGUCUAUAGAAUUCGGACAGCCCAGCAGCACAGCUCUACAGACAGUGAAAGCAGUAAGGAAAAUGAAAUGGACUGGGACGAUUCUGCUCUGACUAUUACUGUCAAUCCCAUGGAGAAAUAUGAAAAACCUCACCGGGCAGAAGAGGAGAGUGAAGAGGAAGAUGAUGAAGAGGAAGAUACGACCAGUGCUGAAUCGGAUGAAAGUGAAGACGAGGAGGAUGAGGAGGAUGAGGAGGAAGCAACUGUCCAAAAGAGAGGCAAGCAGAAUCUCACCAGGCAAGAGCAGUUGGAAUGGGAUGAUUCAACACUCCCGUACUAACAGCCCUUGAGCCACAUUGCUCCUUUUGUAACCAAUACAAUGUUUUUUCAGUCUAUGAAUUCAUUGACAGGAUUUGAACUGCUUGCCUGUAACUGUUUUGCCUAAAAUGAUCUGUUGUAGUAAUUGAUAAUGAUAGAAUUGACCCUUUUCCUACAAAGGCUGGAGAACACAUGGUACAAUCAUACUGGCAUUGCCAGUUCUAAAGUAAUCUAGAACUUAAUCUGUUAGCAAGCAUAGGGUUCAAUUUCCUCUUUUUGUACUGCAAGUCUGUGACAAAAGUGUUGUCACUCAGUCCACAGAGUUUUUUUGUCUUUGCUAUUUUUUCCAUGCAGGACAGAUUUCAGCUUGUUAUGAAGAAUUACCUGAGUGGGUCCAAAUAACAUAGUUGCUGCCCUUUGGCUUCACACAUUUACAGGUGAAACAUAAUAUAAUCCCACUUCAAACUAGGAGAGUUUUAGUGCUACAGGUGACAGAGACUAAAUUCCAUUCAUUGUCUCUUCCUGCCUUCUUGGAUAUUAUCUUCUACAAGGGAAUAUAUUUGGGAUGCAUGUAUGCCUGUGUAGAAAUGGACAGUGUAUUUUUCAAGAAUGCUGUCUGAACCAUGAAGAGAGGGAUUUUAUCCAACACAUGCAUAGAAGCUGAAGAAAGUUAAUGCUGAAGGUUACCGGGGGAAAAAAAAUCAUUCUGUGUCCACAAAUGAAAUGAUCUUAUACAAACAGAAAACUCAAAUUGAUAUACUGAAAACCUGUACAGCUACUCAUUAGUUAUGGAUUGAACAAUUUGCAGCAAAUCGAUGCUUUAACUGUCUUGUAAAAUCAUUAGCUUGCUGCAGUACCUUACUGAAAUAGUGGAAAAUAAGCUACUUCAUUAUACCAUGGAUAUGUACAGAUGGGAUUUAAACAACGAUUUUUUAAUGAGGAAAAUGUUCCCUUCUGCUUUGCUGAGUGCCAGCUGCAAUUCCUGUCUGGCUUUAUUCUACAGAAAAGUAUGCCGUUACCCCACCCUGAGUGACACAAAAGAAAGGGACUACACAACUGUCAGCCCACUGUUGGGCUCAUAAUUCUCCCUUAUUUCUUCUUCCUGAAGCCAUUAUUGUUAAGAAAAGGUUUUAUAAAAUAGAACUAGGAUAACUAAAACCUACCUGGAACCAAAAGAAGUUGAAAAAAACUUGUAAGAGGUUGAGAGAGUAUUUUAAUUAUGGUAACACAGCAUAUUUUUCUUAUACACUGUUAAAAGAGAAAAAAAAGCUACGUACAAUGUGUUGGUAAGUCUUUGUGGUGUGUUUUCUGUCCCCUUUCCUUAAUAAUCUAUCUUCAAACGUUCUGCAUACCAAGUAAUGCAGCACUUGCUAGGAUAACUGUUCUACUGCAUAAAAACCAAAAUGGCAUGGAAGUGAAUGCUGCCUAGUGGCUUUUCUGCUUUUCUCCUAAAAUAGUUCCUUUUGUUUACUAUUUCAUCACUGACUUUUGUAGUUUGCUAUUUAAAAUGAGCAACGUCCUCUUCUCUCUCCCAAAGAAGCAAGCAGUUGGUCUUGACUUAAUAGGAUGUUCCUGAGCUCCUAUGUAUGAUAACUCAUCCUGCAAAGUGUAACCUGAGAGAUCUUGAAGGUACUCACGUACAUCCACCAUUAUUAGCAGCAGCUCCUGCAGGUCUUGGAAUUUAAACAAUGGAUUGUGGGCUUUCUAGUUGGUGAUGGACUUUUUAAAUCAAUUUCUACAUCCAUCUAAUAGCUGUAGGAAAAGAUUGACCACAACUGGAUAGUGCAGUUUAAUCACGAGAAAGUAAAUGAAAAAAACCUUAAUAUAUUUUAAAAUUAGAGAUUUUCGUGCUCAUUUUUGUUGUUUAAGACUGGCAGUAUAGAAGUUUUCUUACACUUGCAGUCCCAUUUCAUUUUUGUUCUAGACUCUCAGAGGAAUUAAAAGAGUAUGUGAAGAAUUGAGCCUAGAUACAUAAAUUUAUCUGCAGGAAUAAAAAUCAUAUAAAAUAGGCUACAGUAUCUAUUUAUAGAGAGCCUAACCUGCACCAAAAAAAAUCAUGUUACUACAUCUUAAUACCCUAGAUCAUUCCCUAGUGUUACUACUUUUAUUAGUGACAUGAAGCAGGCCCUUCAUGAUACUUGUUAUCAGCACAUUUCUCAGCAAAGCUUUCUGCUCAGAAAAAAAAAGGAAAUUUAAAAGUAGAUA